CAAUGAAAGAAUCUCUCACAAAAACCGUCCCUCUUUCAUAAUGAUUCGUCUAAAGACCCUUCAAGAAGGAUUGUACAGUGCUUGACGUCGGCUGUAACACCUGUCCUUGACUACCACCUUUCUUUGGAAAGACUAUCACAAUGGUGUACACGAUCACAGUUCAUCUGCGGGCCAAAUCCGCCGACCCGGAAAUCAUCCAGAAGCUCAAGAACAAGCUCAUCGAAGCUUCACGGGUCUAUUCCAAAGAUAAAGAGACCCUCUCAUGGUUGGUUAUGCAAUCAGUCCACGAUCCCCGAGACUUUACGAUCGUGGAACGCUAUGAGCAAGAAAGCAGCCAGCAGUAUCACCUGAACAACCCCUACUGGAAGACAUUCGACCCCUACGUAAAGCCCUUGUUGGAGGGAGAAAUGGACCUGAGGAGAUUUGAGGAGCUCGACACCAGCAAGGACGUUGUCGUGGAGUGAAAUACAACCACAGAGUUUUCCUU